AGUGGGAGGAGCCUAGGAGGAGCCCAGCCCCCAUACAAUCCCUCCACAGGGGGACACAGCCGCCGACAUAUUAUCAGGCCGGAGAAGGAGGGGAUAGGCUGAGAGGAGCAUCGUACGGAGGAGCCCAUCUUCUCCUCCCAGCACAACAAGCUCAUCCACGGGGGCGGAUCGGUUAAGAUUGUGCUAUGAAUGGUGAUUCCAGCACAGGGGUGGUGACCUCACCACCCCCUACAAAUGCUCCCCACAAAGAGAAGUACUUUGACCGGGUGGAUGAAAACAACCCAGAGUACCUUAGAGAAAGAAACAUGGCACCUGACCUCCGACAGGACUUCAAUAUGAUGGAGCAGAAAAAGAGAGUUUCUAUGAUACUUCAAAGUCCGGCCUUUUGUGACGAACUGGAAACCAUGAUCCAGGACCAACUCAAGAAAGGAAAAAAUCCCACGGGGUUAUUAGCAUUACAGCAAAUAGCAGACUUUAUGACCACAAGUGUACCAAGCGUUUACCCCUCAGCCCCUCAGGGUGGAAUGGCAGCAUUAAACCUAAGUUUGGGAAUGGUCACGCCUGUGAAUGAUCUCAGAGGAUCUGACUCCAUUGCUUAUGAAAAGGGGGAAAAGCUGCUUCGCUGUAAACUAGCCGCGUUUUAUCGAUUAGCUGAUCUGUUUGGAUGGUCCCAGCUGAUCUACAAUCACAUUACAGGCAGAGUGAGUUCAGAACAAGAACACUUCCUGAUUGUUCCCUUUGGACUCCUGUACAGUGAAGUUUCGGCAUCUAACCUGGUUAAAAUCAAUCUUCAAGGUGAAAUGAUUGACCGCGGCAGUACUAACCUAGGAGUGAAUAAAGCUGGUUUCACAUUGCAUUCUGCCAUAUAUGCUGCACGACCUGACAUAAAAUGCAUCGUCCAUAUCCACACCCCUGCUGGUGCUGCUGUGUCUGCCAUGAAAUGUGGCUUGUUGCCGCUGUCUCCAGAAUCCUUGUGUCUAGGGGAGGUGACAUAUCAUGACUAUCAUGGCAUACUAGUUGAUGAAGAGGAGAAAGUAUUAAUUCAAAAGAACUUGGGUCCUAGAAGCAAAGUACUAAUUCUCCGAAACCAUGGACUGGUAACUAUGGGAGAGACAGUGGAAGAAGCUUUCUAUUAUAUACACAAUCUUGUGUCUGCCUGUGAAAUUCAGGUACGCACCUUGGCCAGUGCAGGAGGUCCAGACAACUUAGUACUACUAGACCCCGGAAAAUACAAGAAAUCACGAGCACCUGAGUCACCAUCUGGAGAAGGAGUGACGCACCCAAAGUGGCUUAUUGGGGAGCAGGAGUUUGAAGCCCUCAUGAGAAUGCUGGACAACCUGGGCUAUAGAACUGGCUACCCUUACCGAUGUCCUGCACUGCGAGACAAGGCCAAAAAGUACAGUGAUGUAGAGAUCCCUGCCAGCGUCACUGGCUACUCCUUUGGCAGUGACGGUGACUCAGGCACCUGUUCCCCUCUCAGACACAGUUUUCAGAAACAGCAGCGGGAGAAGACAAAAUGGCUGAACUCUGGUAGAGCCGAUGAUGCCUCAGAUGAUGGGCAGAACGGAGGCAGCCCCAAGUCGAAGACUAAGGUGUGGACGAACAUUACACACGAUCACGUGAAACCCUUGCUGCAGUCUCUCUCGUCCGGUGUCUGCGUGCCAAGCUGUAUAACCAACUGCUUGUGGACUAAAGAGGAUGGGCUGAGAACUGCCACCUCUACUGUCCCUAAUCUGUUUGUCCCAAUGAACACAAAUCCCAAGGAAGUGCAAGAGAUGAGGAACAAGAUAAGAGAGCAGAAUUUGCAAGAUAUUAAAACGGCUGGCCCUCAGUCUCAGGUCCUGAGCGGAGUUGUGAUGGAGCGGAGCAUGGUGCAGGGAGAGCUGAUUACCGCAUCAAAAGCCAUCAUUGAGAAGGAAUACCAGCCUCACGUCAAAGUCAGUAAAGCCGGACCAAACCCUUUCAACAAACUGACAGACCGAGAGCUGGAUGAUUAUCGGAGGGAAGUUGAGCGUAAGCAAAAGGAUACUGCAGAUCAAUUAGAGGAGUUGGCAGAACAGAAGGACUUGCUCCCAGACACCACCUUAGCUCGCACCCCUCCCAGCACACCAAUCAAACAAGAAGAAGAGUCUCCUCAGGAGCCAACCUACAGAGAUGACAGUGAUGCUGCAACCUUCAAGCAAACUCUUCCAGACCUUACCCCAGAUGAGCCAUCUGAAUCUCUCGGCUUUCCAUCCGUGGACAAACCAAAUGAAGGAGAAAAUGCCUCUGCCGAGGAGGACCUUCCUAAAGUUCACACAGAAACUGCUCCUGAAGAACACAAGGAGCCUGAACCUCAAAACAUUGACUCUUCUCCUGCCGCCGCACCAGCUGCGGAGGAAGCGGCGGUGGCCCCACCAGAGGCCGCACAGGCUGAAAACGCACAGGCCGAUGCUGGCGGCGACGAAUCUCCCGGCAAAUCUCCCUCCAAAAAGAAGAAGAAAUUCCGCACUCCUUCCUUCCUGAAGAAGAGCAAGAAGAAGAGCGAGUCGUAGAGAGCUGCAGGAACACUGUCAUGUUUCUAAGAGUUCCAUUAACCACUAGAAUGUACCCGAUCUUAUUGUUUGUCUCCAUUUAUAUAAAGGAAUGCCAGAAAACUCCGUAACUGAUCCUGCUAGUCAUAGUUUGAUUGUGAAAGGUUAAACCAGGAAAGUCACAUCACACCAGGUGCUUUACCUGUGUGUUCAGCAGCUUAUGACACAAACUGUUCACUUGGCUUUUCAGUUGUGAUUGUACAGCCCAGCUGAAUAGCUAAAUGCACUGCUGAUAGCUUGUGAUCACCACUUUCUGUUAACACUUGGGCAUGUCUCUUGUAAAUAGCUGGCUUUUGCUUUGCUCUGUGGGG